CCAUGCAGCUCUAGCCCACUCAGGAUCUGCUUGGGGUGGGCUGUGGGAGUGGACUUUCAAUCUGAGAAUACUGCACAGUUUAUUGAUGGGAAACUGAGGACCCUUACAAAAUUCUAGUUAUCCCUUCCAAUCCCAAUAACCUGAGGCUGACAGGGGUAUGUUAAACCCACACCCCUUUACCUGAAGGGGCUGCUCUGCCUGAUUAGAACCCCCACCCCCCAAAACAGAUUUUGGCAGGUUUUAAAGUUUGGAUAACCUGUUUGACUGCACCCUCUUCUACAGAUCGUAAAGGUGGAUACAGGAGGUGACACGAUGGGUGGAUUCCUACUCCUGUGUGUGGCUUCAUCUUUAUUGGCGACAACUCUUUGCUGCCCCGAUACCUGCCUCUGUGUGGAUAAAUACAACCAACAGUUUGCUGACUGCACGUAUAAAAAGCUUCAAAAGGUUCCAAGCGGAUUCCCUUCCAAUAUAACCACUCUGAGCCUCUCGGCCAAUAAAAUUAGCUUACUUAAAAGAUCAUACUUUGUGGGGGUGCCCCAGGUAACGUCAUUGUGGUUAGCCCACAAUGAAAUCAGUGUAGUUGAAGAAGGGACGUUGACUGUAAUGACACAACUAAAAAAUCUGGACAUCAGUCACAACCAGCUUGUUGAAUUCCCAUGGAAGGAUUUGGCUAGCCUACCUGCCUUGCAACUUCUGAAAAUGAACAACAACCGGAUGGUAAACCUACCAGUGGAUGCCUUUCAUAACUUAAAGGAUCUCAGAUCUCUAAGGAUCAACAAUAACCAAUUCACUGUCAUUCGGGAGGGAACCUUUAAGCCCCUUGUCUCCCUCUUACAUAUGCAGAUUUAUAACAAUCCCUUCCAUUGUUCUUGCUCACUCCUGUGGCUUAAAAAGUGGACAGAUGAAGCCCAGAUAACUGUGGCUGAGAAGGACUCCAUUACGUGUGCUUCACCAGAAGAUUUACGUGGUACCGCUCUGUCAAAAAUCCCAGAGUUGCCUUGUGGUUUGCCCACUGUGCACCUGAGCUAUUAUCCUAACUUGGAUAAUACAGAACUUCAUGAUGGAUUUACACUUACUCUUCAGUGUAUAGCCAGUGGGAGUCCUAUGCCCACUAUCCAGUGGAAAGUCCGCAAUGCCACCCAGGAGACUGAAAUUAAGGCACCAAAUGAUAAGACUCAGGUGUCUGGUCCCUUCCAGGUGUUUCAAAAUGGAACCCUACUAAUUCCACACCUGAGUAAGAAGUUGGAAGGGACUUACACAUGCCAGGCCACAAAUGAAAUGGGAAGCAGUCAGACUUCAGUCAAUGUUUCUGUGGCAGGAAGCCAGAAAUUUGCCACGAAGAAUGUGGAUGAACCAAUAUUGGGAAAGACAUCACCAGAUGGUAAGAAACCUGUUGUAGAAACCUCUGUAAACAGUGUGCUUAAGCCAGAUAAAGGAGAAGAAAAAAAUAAGGGUGUCAUGCCCACUUCGGAAACUAUGGGAACAACUGGCAAUAAAGGAGAGACAUUGGAAACCCAAGAUCAUCCAAUAACAUUUGAAAAGAAGUGUGGGUCAAGUGUGAAUAGUCAGCACGUAUCAAAUCAUGCAUUUAAUGAAAGUGAUAACCUAAAACCUCACAUAUUUGACCUCGGUGUUAUAGCUUUGGAUGUUUCAGAGAAGGAUGCUAAGGUUCAAAUUACUCCAUAUCCCACACGUGCAGGAAAGGAUCACCUCAAGAUGCUGUAUCUAUGUCAGGAGAGCAGCAAUGGUUACUCUUUGGUCCAGUGGUCAGAAAUUGAAGAUAGGAUGAAUUCCUACUGGUUCAGAGGAUUAACCCCUGGCACCAACUACUCAGUAUGUCUAACGUACAAAGGUGAAGACUGCCAGGUACAAGUGGUCUUCACUACUAAGAAAGAAGUGCCCUCUUUAAUCAUUAUUAUUGUAGUGAGCAUUUUCCUUUUGGGCUUAGCCACUAUCCCACUGAUGGGUGCUACCUGUUGCCAUCUACUUAAUAAAUACCAUGGCAAGAAUUAUAAACUGAUCAUGAAGGCCCACAAACCUGAUCCUAUGGAGAAGCACAUGGCGGCUGACUUUGACCCAAGAGCUUCCUACGUGGAGUCAGAGAAAAAUUAUAACCCUAGUGAAGCAGAGGAGGGGGAGGCUGAAGCUGCACCAGCAGAAGGUGAAGUAGAAGGGGAACCGGAGGAAAAUGUGUUGGAUGAGACCCUUCCAUGCUCAGAAUCCAAGACCAACCAAGAAGAAUUUGAAGUGGGUUCAGAGUACAGUGAUCGGCUCCCACUUGGAGCUGAGGCUGUGACCAUCUCUGAGGAGAUAAAUGGUAAUUACAAGGAACCUGCAUGCUGAUCACUGGCACUCAGAGGCAUCAACUACCCUUCCGCGCACAUAUAACAAUUUGUCUGUGAACACAUGCCAAAGUUAGUCCCAAUUUUAGAUCAGAAGGGGAAUGAAAAUAGAACCUUAACUAUAUUAUAUAAUCUCAGCUAGAAAGUCUUCAUAUCCAAGCAACACCAGUGUUCACAGUAACUGGUUAAAAUGAUCAUAAGACUUUUU